CUGCGCGGAGAAGGCAGGAGCCGUCCAGCAUCAACAAGGACAACCAUGGCCAAGGAGUGGGGCUACGCCAGCCACAAUGGUCCUGACCACUGGCCUGAACUUUACCCAUUUGCCAAGGGAGACAAGCAGUCACCCAUUGAGCUGCAUACCAAAGACAUCAACCAUGACCCUUCUCUGGGUCCCUGGACAGCAUCUUAUGACCCUGGCUCUGCCAAGACCAUUCUGAACAAUGGGAAGACCUGCAGGGUCGUGUUUGACGAUGUUUAUGAUAGGUCAAUGCUGAGAGGCGGCCCUCUCCAUGGGUCCUACCGGCUUCGCCAGUUUCAUCUUCACUGGGGCUCCUCUGAUGAUCACGGUUCUGAGCACAUCGUGGAUGGAGUCAAGUAUGCAGCAGAGCUGCAUUUGGUUCACUGGAAUCCAAAGUAUAACACUUAUGGAGGAGCGCUGAAGCAGCCUGAUGGAAUAGCUGUGGUUGGUGUUUUUCUGAAGAUAGGAUGUGAGAAAGGCGAGUUCCAGCUGUUUCUUGAUGCACUGGACAAAGUUAAGACAAAGGGUAAGGAGGCUCCCUUCACCAACUUCAACCCGUCCUGCCUAUUCCCCACCUGCCGGGACUACUGGACCUACCAGGGCUCCUUCACCACGCCGCCCUGUGAGGAGUGCAUCGUGUGGAUUUUGCUGAAGGAGCCCAUCACCGUGAGCUCCGACCAGAUGGCCAAGCUGCGGAGCAUCUACUCCAGUGCAGAGAACGAGCCCCCUGUGCCCCUGGUGGGGAACUGGCGUCCUCCACAGCCUAUCAAGGGGAGGAUAGUGAGAGCCUCCUUCAAAUGAGGCUGCUGGAGAAUGCCCUC